AUGGAUCUUUCUAGUUUGAUUACUGGUUUGGCUGCUGAUAGGGAGGACCUUGGAGCAUUUGGGCUCGGGUCUUCUACACAGAGCAAUAUGAGUACAAAUGAGCAAGUGGGUCCUGAAUCUACUUGUGCAAUGGUUUUUGAAAAAUUACACAAACAUUUGAGAUCUUUAAGAUCAAAUGUCUGGCAUUCUAAAUUGUUUAAGGCGUACAUUGCCAAAGGAAUAACUCUGAGAGGUUUGAGAAUACGUAUACAACCCCAUGUGGGGGAAGUUGAUGAAGAACUCAAUAGCCAAUGGUCCAAAAUACAACAACAAGCAACUAUGGCCUUUGUCGAAGCUUUAUCUAAAUUUCAUGACUGGGCAAUCGACAGGGAAAUAGAUGCAGUCACGAAAUUGGCUGGUGAGGUUAAGCCAUUUGAGGGAGAAUCCUUUUUCAAUAAACAACUCAGUAAGGUAGCUACUGACCUUCAUAAUUUGGAAGAACAACUCAGAUCUAGGAAAAUCAAAAAGUUUCAAAUAGAUCAAGCAGACUACCUAAGUGCAAAUCCUUUUUCUUACAAUAGCAAACAUGUUAAAUUUACAUCAUUCCCUACACGAACUCAAAAAAGGAAAAGACCCCGUUCCAUUCUCAGGAAACGGAGUGCAAAUAUUGGGUCAUCGACGGAUGACAUCUCAUCUUGCACUGACAAUGCAGGCAGUAUCAGGCUCACCAUCCCCCAAAAGGACACCCGGAUUAAUCCCUUUAGGCCCAGAUACCAGAGGGGGAGGCGUAAACACAGAAGGCAUACACAACAUUCAAGGUUUAUUGAAAAUGGCAAUGCAGAAUUGAAUGUCAUCACAAAUAUGAAUGUUUUAAACCUGUCUGGUUUUGUUUUGUCACCCAUUCACAUGUCAGUUUUGAAUAAAGGUCUUACUUUUAUACCAGGUUUCAUGGUUUCUAAAGACACAUUGCCGCAAGAUGUCAUGUCUUUUUGCAGAAAUUUGAAUCUGAAAUUGUAUUUUGGUGACACAGAUAGCAACUAUAACAAAGACAAAUUUGUAUAUCACAAAUCAAGUUUCACUCCCCCUAUGCAUCCUAUGAACAACAGAGAUAUAGUUAUUAUCUCUGCUGAUAAAGGUGGAAUUGUAGUUGUACUGAAUUGGUGUGAUUAUGACAGUGAGGCUAAAAGACAACUUUUGGAUCAAAGAUAUUAUUCGGUAAUGGCCAUUGACCCAACUUUCAGGUUUAAAAAACAGAUCGAUGAGUUCUUGGUUUGGGCUAGGAAUGAAGCUAUUAUUACCAAUGAGAUUAUGCAUCAACUUAUGAUCCAAGAUUCGGCAUCUCAACAUAUUUAUUUCCUACCCAAAAUCCACAAGGACCCUGUGAAUCCACCUGGUAGACCGAUAGUAUCUGGGAAAGGGUACAUUACCGAACCAUUGUCUUUAUACCUCACCAAACAUUUGAAGCCUUUGUUAUAUGUAGUACGAUCACGGUUGCAGGACACCACUAACUUUUUACAGAUUAUUUCAGAUACUCAACUUGAGUCUGGUUGGUUUAUGUGCACACUAGAUGUGCCAAAAAACUUUGAAGAUGUUGCUGUUGAGUUUUCAAGUGAGGAGUGGAAGAUGCUGAGUGAACAUGACAAAGAGUUACACCGGGAUGUGAUGGUACAGAACUAUGAGAACAUGAUUUCUUUAGGUUAUAACAUCCCAUUGUGCAAACUUUUGUUACUUAUUAAGAAAGAUGAAACAAUUCCAGCUGCUGAGACUGAAGGAAGAACGACAGUGCAACAAACACAACUUCCUGGUAACACAACCAGCAUUACCAGGAAUGGAGAAUUAAGUGCCAUCCAGAGUCUGCAGUCAUCUUAUGGGAAACUCUGGGAUGCAGAAUGCGACAGAGCUCUGACAGAUAAGAUGUUCAUCACAAAGCAAGACCCGGUUCAUACAAGCAUUAGACACGAUAACUGCAGACAAAGUAAUGAAUUUGUCAUGAAAACUGAAUUAGAAAUGCGUCUGCAAAUUGAAGCAGAGGAAAUGUCACACAGCAGGCUUAAUCAUAGCAACAGUGUAACAUUUUAUAGUAACAGUGUAACUGAUCUAAGUGACAAUGGGGAAAGGCAAUGGAAUACCUCACCAACACAUAAACAAAUACUCAGUAGACAGGCUUUGUAUACAUGUGUUACAAAUUCCAAGGGUUUUACAUGUACAAAAAAUUUAGCACUGCAGAAGACCAUUCAUACUGGUCAGAAUCCCUUUACCAUGUGUGACAAAGGUUUUGCACAGAAAAAUGAUAUGGCAAUACCUCAGGAUGCCCACAUUUGGCAUAAGCCACAUAAAUGCACGAUGUGUGACAAGACUUUUGCAUAUAAAGGCUGUAUGUUGACUCAUCAAAGGAGUCACAGUAGGCAGAAGCCAUAUAAAUGCUCUACGUGUGACAAGAGUUUCGUGCACAAGAGUCGACUAGUUCUUCAUAAGAAGAUGCAUUCAGGGAAGAAACCAUAUAAAUGUACCAUGUGUGACAAGGGUUUUGUACAGAAGAAUCAAUUGAUGAUACAUCAGUAUACUCACAGUGGGCAGAAAUCAUACAGAUGCACCAUGUGUGACAAGAGCUUUGCACAGAAGGGUAACUUGGCAGAUCAGCAGAAGAUGCACAGUCAGAAAUCCUAUAAAUGUGACACAUGUAACAAGAGUUUUAUAAAAAAAAGCUGUCUCACAGCACAUGAAAUUGUACACACAGAGUACAAACCAUAUGAAUGCACCACAUGUGGUAAGACUUUUAAACAUAAAACUGCUAUGACUAGGCAUCAGAGUGUCCAUUCUGGACAGAAACCCUAUACAUGCGCAGUGUGUGACAAAAGCUUUGCAUGCAAAGGCUAUAUGGUAUCUCAUCAGAGCAUCCACAAUGGUCUAAAACCAUAUAGCUGCACAAUAUGUGACAAAACAUUUACACAGAAGAGUUAUGUGUUAGUUCAUGAGAGGAACCACACUGGUCAGAAACCCUUUAAAUGCACCAUGUGUGAGAAGAGUUUUGUACAAAAGACUCACUUGAUAAGACAUCAGUAUACCCACAGUGGGUAUAAACCAUACAAAUGUACUACGUGUGACAAGAGCUUUACACAGAAGAGUAACUUGGUAGAUCACCAGAAGACGCACAGUGGUCAGAAAUCCUAUAAAUGUGGCACAUGUAACAAGAGUUUUGUAAAAAAGAGCUGUCUGACAGCACAUCAAAUUGUCCACACAGAGUAUAAGCCACAUGAAUGCCCCACAUGUGGUAAGACUUUUAAACAUAAACAUUCUAUGACUAAGCAUCAGAAUGUCCACUCUGGACAGAAAUCCUAUAAAUGCACAGUGUGUGACAAAAGUUUUGCAUACAAAAGCAGUAUGGUAACUCAUCAGAGCAUCCACGGUGGUCUGAAACCAUAUAAAUGUACACUAUGUGAUAAAACAUUUAGACUGAAGUGUUAUGUGUUAGUUCAUGAGAGGAACCACGCUGGGCAGAAACCCUUUAAAUGUACCAUGUGUGACAAGAGGUUUGUACACAAGAAUCACCUGGAAAUCCAUCAGUAUAUUCACAGUGAAUGAUGAGUCAGCAAGCAAAGGAUAGUAGUAUUGCUGAAAUUGAAUUAAUAGUCUCACCAAGACAACACUGAUAUAUUGACUGAUAUAGAGAUUAUAUUUUAUAAAGCAUAUAUUACGGACAGAAGUAGGUUAAAAAAUAAA